AGAUGCCUGUUUUGCGGAAAGUGCUGGGAAUAUCCAAAUCAACUGAAAGCACAUUUGUUUGUUAAACACCAACAACCAAACAAUUCAACUAAAAUAAAAAACAUCCCUAUGAACGACGACCUUCCAAAAACAGCCAAAGGUUUCAAAUGCACUCACUGCGGUAAAGUUUUUCUACGAAAAUAUGGUUUAAAGAUUCACAUGCGAACGCACACGGGCUUCAAACCGUUAAAGUGUCGCUUUUGUGGACGAGCAUUCAGCGAUCCAAGCAAUCUCAACAAACACACGCGACUGCACGCUGAGAUGAGGGCUCCGUACACAUGCGAAGAGUGUGGCAAGCUGUUCGUUCGACGGAGAGAUCUCCAGAGGCAUGUCAAGUCCAAACAUUCCAAUGUUACCAUCUUCAAAUGCACUCACUGCGGUACAAUUUUUUUCAAGAAAGUACGGUUUAACGAUUCAAAUAAAAACGCACACGCGCUUCAACCCGUUAAAGUGUCGCUUUUGUGGACGAGCGUUAGCGACCCAAGCAAUCUGAACAAACACACGCGACUGCACGCUGAGGAGUGUGGCAAGCUGUUCGUUCGACGGAGAGAUCUCCAGAGGCAUGUCAAGUUCAGUCAUUCCAGUGUGAGCAGUAAAUGA